AUGUGUAAGAUAAAAAGUAUAGUUGAUAAGGAGGUGAAGUAAUAAGAAAAGAUUUUUAGAAUAUGGGUUUAAAAGGAUGGAAUGAUUAAAUGCAGAAUAUAUUAAUUAUUUUAUUUAAAUAAAAUGUACAAAAUCAUCUUAGCUUUACUUUUCGUUGGAAGUUUGGGUAGUACUGGACUAUUUAACACAGACAAUUAAUGCACUUGUGAUUAAAUGGAAUAUUAGAGUGAUUGUGCAAACAUGAGUCCAAUAUGUACAUGGGAUGGAAAAUCAUGUUCAACAUAAGAUUGUAAUAUGUUAACUGAUUAAAAUGUUUGUGCUUCUAAUUUGAAAUGCAUGUGGAAAAUAACAGAUUAAGGGGCUUCAUGCGUAAAUUUUACAUUCUGUAGUUAAUUAUCUGGAUCUACAUAAAUAUAAUGUUUAUCAUUGUCUAGUAAUUGUCCAUAUACUGAUGGUACUAAAUGUGGAGCAUAUAAUCAACUUAUGUAAUGUUCUAAAUUGACAGCCAGUCAAUAUUGUGAAGGAUAUAUCUCAAGAGAUGGAAUCUGUAUGUGGAAAGGUUCAUGUUUACCUGCUUAAAAUUGUACAGCACUUAAUUAAGAUGAAUGUACAUUGGCAAGUAUUGGAUGUAAAUAUAAUACUCCUGAUGGUUGUUCUUAAAGACUUUGUUCUGAUUUUACAACUCAAUAAUCAUGCAACUUUGUUCUGACAGCUAUUAAUACAAGUGAAUUUUAAUUAUGUAGUUGGGAUUUUACAGCAAGCAAAUGUUCUGCUGCAACAAAUCUAGGAGGAUUAGGAUAAGGAAAUUGUUACAAUACGACCUUAGGAUCUGCAAGAUGGGUUUCUACUUCUGCUGGAGGAGAAUGCCGAUCUUGUUAUGCUUCCAUUGUAUUUGCUUUCAUUGCAGUAUUAUUCAUCAUUAUGAUUUGAUACUAUUAAUUCAUGAGCAAAUAUUUUGUG